AUGUUUCCUACAUCUCAGCCAGACUGGAGCAACCUCCAAGUUCUUCAUCGCAACACCCUUCCGUGCCGGGCUCAUUUCUUUCCGUACAAAACCGAGCAGCACGCUUUGUCAUUUGACCGCAAUCAGAGCGAGUGGCAAUCAUUGAAUGGUGUAUGGAAGUUCCGGCAUGAUGCGUCUCCUUUUGAAGCCCCUGACUGGGCAGACCAAGACCCGUUGACCUGGGCCGACGUCCAGGUCCCGGGUAUGUGGCAACUUCAAGGCUACAGCAGGCCUCUUUAUACCAACGUCAACUAUCCCUUCCACGUAGAUCCGCCUCGGGCGCCUUACCUCAACGAGACAGGUUCUUACUGGAGAUCAUUUGUUACCCCAACCAACUGGGACGGUCAGCAGAUACGUCUCAGAUUUGAAGGAGUCGACAGUGCUUUUCACGUGUGGAUCAACGGUUUCCAAGUCGGAUAUAGCCAAGGAAGUCGGAACGCGUCUGAGUUCGAUAUUACCGAUCUAGUUCAUACGCCAGGAACCCAGAACACUAUUGCUGUCCGCGUUUAUGAGUUUUGUGACGGCUCAUACAUCGAACGACAAGACCAGUGGCUUCUAUCUGGUAUCUUCCGAGAUGUCUACCUGGUUGCUUUUGCUCCGGAUGCUAUCGUUGACUUCACGGCCACACCUAUUAUCGAUGAGAGCUUAACGCAAGCAUCCCUGCAGCUUCAAACCAUCACACAAGGGAAAUCUGACGAGCCCGUGCAUGCGAAGCUCUACGCACCUAACGGAACUCUCGUUCAACAAGAGAGUUUCCAGCCCGAGGCUUCUUGCACUCUCUCCGCCAACAGCCAGCCGCUGCAGCUUUGGUCAGCCGAACAACCUGUUCUCUACACCUUGUCUCUCACAUUCGGAGGACGCACAAUUGCUCAGAGAAUCGGAUUCCGCCGCGUCGAAAUGAAGGAUUCCAACUUCCUCAUCAAUGGCAAGCCCAUAAUAUUCUACGGCGUCAAUAGACACGAUCACCAUCAUCUGUACGGCCGUACCGUUCCGUACGAAGCCAUGCGGGCUGACCUCCACUUGAUGAAGCAGAGCAACAUCAAUUCGGUUCGCUGCUCUCAUCAACCCAACGAUCCACGUUUCUACGAGCUCUGUGACGAGAUAGGCCUUUAUGUCAUGGCUGAGGCCGAUCUGGAAGCUCACGGCUUCAUCUCGAUUGAGAAACCAAAGGUCCCUGACCAGGACAAGUUGAGUCGCACGGAAAUCAUGAUCAAGGCCAUCGCACUCAGCGUCAAGUGGGUUUCUGACAAUGGUGAUUGGGAGGAAGCAUAUCUUGACCGCGCUGUUCAACUCGUCGACAGAUUCAAGAAUUAUCCGUCCAUCAUCAUGUGGUCGCUUGGAAAUGAGGCAGCCUAUGGCCGCAACCACGCCGCAAUGUAUCACUGGAUCAAGAAACAUGACCCCAGCAGGCCAGUCCACUACGAAGGCGACCGAGAGGCUGAGACGGCUGAUUUAUACAGUGUCAUGUACACAUCACCGAAAGACCUGAAGCAACUAGCCAGGCGGAGGCCAGAUAAGCCCCUGAUCACGUGCGAGUUUGCGCAUGCCAUGGGGAAUGGUCCGGGAGGACUAAAGGAUUAUGUCGAAGCCUUUCGUGACGAGAAGCUGCUCCAGGGAGGUUUCGUAUGGGAAUGGUGCAACCACGGGCUUCUCCGAAGUGACGAACAAGGAAGAUACCAGUACUACGCCUACGGGGGCGACUUUGGUGACUUUCCUAAUGAUGCCGACUUUGUCAUGGAUGGACUUACCUGGUCUGACCACACCGAGAAUCCUGGCUUGACAGAGUACAAAAAGGUUAUUGAGCCCUUCACUGUGCAACAGUCGGGUGACAAGCUACUGGUGCAGAAUCACUACGAUUUUCUGGACCUUGAUCGUUUCUCGGUGGUAUGGUAUAUUUCAGGCGAGUCUGGUACCACCCAAGAGACGGAUUGGUGUCUUCCCAGUGUUGGACCCGGACAGAGUGUGCUGGUUGACUGGCCCACAUUAACUCCCAGCGAUAAGGAAGAAUGGUUGACGGUGAGCUUCCGUCUCAAGGAGGCCAUGGACUGGGCGCCAAAGAAUCACGAAGUUGCUUGGGCUCAAGUCCCUCUUGACCCCAGGCGAGACUGGAGUCUUGCGUCUAUCCAGACAGGCGAACAGCUAAUUGCGCGCGAAGGAGGCGCAAAGCUUUUCUUGACAACAGCCUCGCAAAGUUCCAACUUCACUUUCGAUCUCAUUCGCGGUCACCUCGUUUGGUCCACGAAUCAAGGCCCCGUACUCAAGUCAGGCCCUGAACUGAGUCUGUAUAGACCUAUUACGCAGAACGACAAGGGAGCCCGUGGCGAUGGUGGAGAAUGGAAGCGGCUAUUUGUUCAUGCUGCCAAGAUGCAUGUUCGAGAGGCUUCAUGGAAGACUCAAGAAGACGGAAGCAUUGAGAUUACCACCCAUGUUUUGGUGGCUCCUCCAGUCCUCAAUUGGGCAUGCAAGGCAACCAUGACAUAUACAGUCAACCCUUUUUCUGUCCGCAUACAUGUCAAAGGCAGUUUUGACGGCGAUCACCCCGAAAUCAUUCCACGUGUCGGGCUCACCAUGGAGCUGCCGUCCGACUUUGACAGGGCGACUUGGUUUGGUCGUGGUCCUGGGGAGUCCUAUCGAGACAAGAAACAAUCUGCUCGUUAUGGCCGUUGGUCAACCUCAAUUCAGGACUUGGGCACAAUGUACGAGUGGCCCCAGGAGCAUGGAAACAGGAGCGACGUGCGCUGGACAGCCAUUGAAUCUUCAAAGGCCGGCAUGUCCUUGCAGGCUCGCAUGGAAGCCCCUUUCAACUUUUCUCUACGAGAACAUUCUAUCCAAGAAUUGGACAAUGCCAAACAUCCUCAUGAGCUUCGAAAGGGGGGUACACACUUCCUCAACCUCGAUUAUAUGCAGCACGGCAUAGGAUCGGGAAGCUGUGGUCCCGCUCCUUUUGAAUCAUAUCGAUUAGAGGCUGAGCCAUUCGAGUUUUUGGUCGAGCUUUCGCUUUCAAACGAUGCUUGA